UCCCCCCCACUCCGACGCUCUCCAAAUAUCAGUGUUCGAAACCAGUGCCUCAGAAUUCCGAACAGAACCGAACGUCCUCGAACGUUCUUUUCAACGCCUACUAACUCAAGAAUGAAGAGAACGUGUACGGUGGUUCUUGCGGUGGUGGCGGUGAGUGUGGCGGUGGAGCAGCCGAGCAACGAUGGCACCUGGCUGGCCAGUCUCCGGCCAGCUCGGCCCAGUGCCACCGGCGACACGGGAGACUGGCUCAGCCAAGACUGGCACUCCCAGGAGGACGACGAAGUACCCUGGGGGCCACAAGACACGCUUGGCUUCCCUCCCGGCAGCAUCGAAGAGCAAGCCGAAGACGCCGGCUUGGAUAUCCUGCUGGGAUAUCCGCAGCCGGAGAGUCCAUGGUUGGCCAAGCGGCAACCACCGCGCCGGCUUGGUUCACUGGUUGAUCUGUACCGCUCUGUGGCCCAUGGCCUCAGCCCAUUCGUCCCCGGCACCAAGGGGCAGGUGUUUUCCGCCGCCCCGGAGCGUAGGUCCGGUCGACGGCCGGCAGCUUGUCGAUUCGGACCGUUCGGAUUAGUGUGUUGGAACGCCGCACGGCGCGGCACGGUCAUGCGUCAGCGGUCAUCUCAGUUCUCCCAGUAGCGGCCUCUCCCACGGUGCCCCUGGGCAUAUACCCUCCCACCAUGGGGGUCCUGGCCCCAUCCCUCCACGUACCUCUCCCACCCCUCAUCAGGUGGGAUGGGGCUCUACCCUUCCCAAGGGAGAAGACAUAUGAUGUCUUCAGCAUAUCACUAAGGCGCUGUCUACGUUAUUCGCUCACUUGUAACUUAUAUAGACAUUCCAAUUA